AGGAUACAUUCAGCCCUCUUUCCUCGUUCGCAUCACUCACCCCCUUUGUCCCCCUUGUAAGCUUUGUCCCCCUUGUAAGAGAGGUCGCGUCACCGGCCCCCCUUCUCUUGUAUCAUAUUGUCAAUCGGCAUUAGACGCGUCAAGAUGACUCUCCUUGCGCUCAAGGAAGAUAGGCCAACGCCAAAGGCCGUUUACAACUGGCGCGUCUACACAUGCGCGGCGAUUGCCAGUUUUGCCUCGUGCAUGAUUGGCUAUGACUCUGCCUUCAUUGGCACUACCCUUGCGCUGCCGUCCUUCACCAAGGAAUUCGAUUUCGCCUCUUACACACCUGGUGCUCUUGCCUUGCUCCAGUCCAACAUCGUAUCCGUUUACCAAGCUGGUGCCUUUUUUGGAUGUCUAUUCGCUUAUGCGACUAGUUACUUCUUGGGUCGACGCAAAUCCCUAAUCGCCUUCUCCGUCGUCUUCAUCAUUGGCGCCGCCAUCAUGCUCGCUGCUGAUGGUCAGGGGCGAGGCAUUGAUCCGAUUAUCGCAGGCAGAGUGCUGGCUGGAAUCGGCGUCGGAGGUGCCUCCAACAUGGUACCCAUUUACAUCUCAGAGCUUGCCCCACCCGCCGUUCGCGGUCGUCUUGUCGGCAUUUACGAGCUCGGCUGGCAGAUUGGUGGUCUGGUCGGGUUCUGGAUCAACUACGGCGUCAACACUACAAUGGCCCCAACGAGGUCGCAGUGGCUAAUUCCCUUCGCGGUUCAGCUCAUCCCCGCCGGCCUCUUGUUCUUGGGCAGCUUCUGGAUUCCCGAGUCGCCACGGUGGCUUUAUGCCAAUGGCAAGAGAGAAGAGGCAAUGAAGGUCUUGUGCUGGAUUCGCAAUCUCGAGCCCACCGACAGAUAUAUCGUGCAAGAGGUUUCAUUCAUUGACGCUGACCUGGAAAGGUAUACCCGACAGGUCGGCAAUGGGUUCUGGAAACCGUUUUUGUCCCUCAAGCAGCGCAAGGUCCAGUGGCGCUUUUUUCUUGGUGGCAUGCUCUUUUUCUGGCAGAAUGGGAGUGGUAUCAAUGCCAUCAACUAUUACUCCCCCACCGUAUUCCGGAGCAUCGGCAUUACUGGUACCGACACCGGCUUCUUGACAACAGGCAUCUUCGGCGUCGUCAAGAUGGUGCUCACCAUUAUCUGGCUUCUGUGGCUUGUUGAUCUUGUUGGCCGCCGCCGCAUACUCUUCAUCGGUGCGGCUGGCGGAUCGCUCUGCAUGUGGUUCAUUGGAGCCUACAUCAAGAUUGCUGAUCCGGGGUCGAACAAGGCGGAAGACGCAAAGCUGACCUCUGGCGGCAUCGCAGCCAUCUUCUUCUUCUACCUCUGGACUGCCUUCUACACCCCUUCAUGGAACGGUACACCUUGGGUCAUCAACUCAGAGAUGUUUGACCAAAACACACGGUCCCUGGGUCAGGCAUCAGCCGCGGCCAAUAACUGGUUCUGGAACUUUAUCAUUUCUCGUUUCACGCCGCAAAUGUUCAUCAAGAUGGAGUACGGCGUGUACUUCUUCUUUGCGUCGCUCAUGCUGCUGUCGAUUGUGUUCAUCUACUUCUUUUUACCCGAGACCAAAUCGAUCCCUCUCGAGGCCAUGGAUCGCUUAUUUGAAAUCAAGCCCGUUCAAAAUGCCAACAAGAAUCUCAUGGCUGAGCUCAACUUCGACAGAAAUCCAGAGCGAGAGGAGUCGUCGUCGCUGGACGACAAGGACAGGGUGACACAGACCGAGAAUGCAGUCUAAGGUCUGCAAUUUGCCUUGCUUUCAGGGUGCUUGAAUAUGACCAGGGACGUUGCGAGCUGCGGCAGCCAGCCGCCGUGGAUACAAUUUUUUGUUUGGAAUCUACAAAGCGGAAGUAUACAGUUGCGUUGUCUGAAGCACACUAUUGAGUUUCUACAAGUAUCCUUUCCCUUUUACGGCACUGAGUUUUGAUUGUCUCCCGCAUACCUUGGUCUGUCCCGUGGUCAAGGAGAUUCUUACUUCACUCUUGUAGAGCCACCGAGUCUUUCUGUUUGCGAUUGGGCAACGGGUGCCUUUGCUUUUGACAAGACAUCCCUACGUUGCAACACUCCGACAUCGUGAUGUCUUUGCACGAAACAAUGUUUGUGGAGCUGGCAGUGUUAAAACGAAGAUUUACUAUUUCUAUCACAACCGAUGUCACAACCCGAUCUAUAGAGCGACCCUGUUUUCAUCCCACUGUCGUUUUACAUGCUUAGAGGGCCCUGUUAUCUCAACUGGUGUGCGAUUUGGAAGCUUCUGCCAAUUUUGCAGCAAUGACUUCCUUGAUCUGUUGAAUGGGAAGUUCCUCAUUUGUACGACCGGUCCAAUACUUGUCCUGCAGAACAAAGGGGGUGAGAGAUCAGUUGAGUUGUCCUCCACAGUACAAUGUAAGCUCAGGACGGAUACAUACCUGCUCAAUCCCCUGCCAGAUCAAAGCCUCCGUGCCCAAGAUAACCUGCCACCCCUCGUGCUCCGCCAACGCUCCCAACUCGGUAAACGGGCUAGGGUUAUAGCACAUCUCCAGCAUAGCACCCUUCUCCUCCUUCAUCAAGAACGUCUCGACAAUCC